CAGACUGCGAGGCGAGGCACACAAAUACAGAAACUGGGAUGGACUUUGCAUUUGGCAUGCUGAACUGCAUCUAGAUGAGGAGUCCAAACUCCACACCUGGACCCUGCAUCCGUCCUUUGUCUGCACUCUCACCUCAGAACAAAUUUAGUGGCAUGAUCUGACACCUGAAGCGAUUUUCCAACAUACCUAUUGAUCCACAACACACACUAUCACACACCGUUAUAAAAGAAAUGUUGACAUUCAUAGGAGGAAGUUGAAGUGUGCCGCCUGAAGCCGAAUACAGAGAUUGUGAGUGGGUCAUCAGGCAGUCUCCCUAUGUCAGGCCGAAACGGGUCUGCAAGUGAUGCAGACUGCCAGAUCUCUGAGGACUGCCAAGUCCCAGAUGUUGAGCUGAUGGAGCUGGGGCCGCUGCUGGACGAAGGAGGGGGGCGACAGGCAGCGUCUAAAGGCGUCUAUCCAGAGGGAGCUGCGAUGCUUGCUGAGGAGGAAGAGGAGGACGAUGAGGUGGGAGAGGUCCUGACUUUACCACUUCAGGCUCACCACGCCAUGGAGAAGAUGGAGGAGUUUGUACACAAGGUUUGGGAGGGGCGCUGGAGGGUCAUCCCUUUUCACGUCCUGCCAGAGUGGCUUAAGGACAACGAUUACCUCUUGCAUGGACACCGACCCCCUAUGCCCUCCUUCCGGGCCUGUUUUGGAAGCAUCUUCAGAAUUCACACUGAGACAGGAAACAUCUGGACUCACCUGUUAGGGCUGAUAUUAUUCAUUUGUCUGGGCACGUUAACCAUGCUGCGGCCCAACAUGUAUUUUAUGGCUCCGCUGCAAGAGAAAGUGGUAUUCGGCAUGUUCUUCCUGGGAGCCGUGCUCUGCCUCAGCUUCUCCUGGCUUUUUCAUACCGUCUACUGCCACUCCGAGAAAGUGUCUCGCACCUUCUCCAAACUCGACUACUCGGGCAUUGCCCUCCUGAUCAUGGGCUCCUUCGUGCCCUGGCUGUACUACUCGUUCUACUGUUCCCCUCAACCUCGACUCAUCUACCUCACCAUUGUAUGUGUCCUCGGCAUUGCUGCCAUCAUAGUGGCCCAGUGGGACCGCUUCUCUACACCCCGUCACAGACCCACAAGAGCAGGUGUCUUCAUGGGUCUGGGACUAAGUGGCAUUGUUCCCACCAUGCAUUUCACCAUUGAGGAGGGUUUUGUUAAGGCUACCACAGUCGGGCAGAUGGGUUGGUUCUACCUAAUGGGUGCCAUGUAUAUCACUGGUGCUGGUCUGUAUGCAGCAAGGAUCCCUGAACGCUAUUUCCCUGGCAAGUGUGACAUCUGGUUCCAUUCUCAUCAGAUUUUUCAUGUUCUGGUGGUGGCAGCAGCGUUCAUUCACUUCUACGGCGUUUCCAACCUGCAGGAGUUCCGCUAUGGCCUCGAGGGAGGAUGCACAGAUGACACUCUACUCUGAGAGCCCCUGGCUGUGACAUCCUUUUCUUUAUAGCCCCACAAAACACGCACACACACACACACACACACACACACACACACACACACACAUAUAUGUAUACACACACACACACACACACACACACACACACACACACACACACACAAACACACUUAAAAUGCUGCUGGAAUUGAGUAUAGUCACUUAUUGCUCCCUGUGUGCUUUUGAUUUGCUAUCAUCCUGUUUGGGUUUUGGUUAUCUUACUGGUUUGGCUCCUUUUUACUCCAAUAAAGUAGCAUCAACUGGCCAUUGAACUAAGGGGGAAUCUUCCACAGGCACUACUUCUUCAAAAAUUAUGAAGCUUAGUUUGCAUUUUUAAGGAAGGUCAAAAUGGGAUUUUAACCAAAAUCAUAUAUUACUGUAAUUUCCUGGUCUCUUAGAAACUCUCUAGUAGCCCGACGUCUCCAUAGUCUGUUACCAUUGUGCAAAGGGUAAAGAGAGUAUUAUUUGUGCUGUAGCAUAGAGCACAUACUAUAAACCAUUCCUUUUAUCCCUCCCAGUCUACAUGUAGGUUAGAGGACUGGAGUAUGUUAGGUGCUUGAUGACCUACACACGUUUGUUUGAGGGGGAAGAAAGUAUACACAGUGUAUAUGGAUGUUGCCAGAUAUGUUGUGCUGUCACUUACUGUACAGCGUUCUGUUAAAACCCAUGGGCCCACCACAGACUCACUCAUGUCCAUAUUGCAAAUAUAAUCUAAUCUGUACUCUGAAGACCCGGUCAGUCCUCUAAAAUCUCAUUGAAGCAAAACAAAUCAUGAUUAUGAAAGGAACAUUUAGCUUAACAUAUGACCUAUAUGUGUUUCUGGGUAACUCUAGGGGUAAUGGUAAUCACAUUUUUGAACAAAUUAAUCGGUGGGAUGGAUAUUUCUCAGUUUCUUGGACUUUUAUACUGAAAUUCAAGUACUUUUGCAUAUGUUGUGUUAUUUAAAUUGACAAGCGUCCCCCCAAAAAAUGAUUUUAAAGUUGUUUGACGACAUGGAAAAGCUGUAAAGGUUUGUACCUUUUGUGGUAAAAUGUAUUGGCUCAGUUCAGGUUAGACUAAACUUCUUAAAAUGCUGAAAGGAAAAGAAUCUGUCAUCUUUCAGCCAGACGACACUAUUAAUUCAUUUCUAGAGUAAUAGUUCCUGGGCUACGCACAAUGUACAGAUCUGGAUUGGUCAAUUUUUUUGUCAGUUAGAUGUCUUUCUUUUGUGCUAGAUUUCAGAUGCAAUGAGAGGUGUAAAUAUCAAAUGCACCUUGGUGUAUACCAUCAAAUUCUAAACUUUAAAUCCCUAUAUGGGGUUUAUUUGUUAUGUACGGUAUGAUUGAUAUAAACUUUUAGUAUUUCUGUGCCUUAGGCCAAUGGAAAUGUUUUUAAAAGGAAAUGGCCUAUCUUAACCGUCAAGGGAGCUUCAAGGAUUUCCAAAUGUUGACUUUUAUGUUUUCCUGACCAUAAAUAUACAAUCAAAUCAUUAUUGAACUUACAACUCCAUUGAUAGGUUGUAUCAACUGCUGUUUAAGACUCCUUUUUCUAGAUCAACUUAUUCAAGCUUUAUUACAAAGACUAAAACAAUUUGUGUUCUUGCCUUUGUGUAAUGUCCUGUGUAGAAAGUGAUAAAUCAUACAUUUCACAGAAAUGUAAACAUAAAUAUUUAUUAAUGGUCA